AGAGUCUUGCUUCAAAACCUCUCUCUCUCACUGAAAUGGAAACAAAGGACCCAGAGUCUUGCUUCAAAACCAGAUGGUGGUCCAAGGAAACUGUUGCGGUGGUUACUGGCGCAAACAAGGGAAUAGGAUUUGCCCUAGUCAGGAAGCUGCUGGAACUAGGUCUAACCGUUGUUUUAACUUCCAGGGACCCUUUAAAUGGGAUCAGAGCCGUUGAAUCCCUUAGGGCCCAGGGACUCCAUGUUGAUUUCUGUCAGUUGGACGUGGCAGACCCUGCUUCCGUUGAUGCCUUUGCAUCAUGGCUAAGAGAAGAAUUUGGAGGGUUGGAUAUUCUGGUGAACAAUGCUGCGGUUUCGUUCAACGACGUCGACGAGAACUCGGUGGGCCAUGCGGAGACUGUGAUCAAGACCAACUAUUUUGGACCCAAGCUACUAAUUGAGGCCCUUCUGCCGUUGUUUCGCCGAUCAGAUUCUAUUAGUCGCAUUCUCAACAUCAGCUCACGGCUAGGAUUACUCAACAAAGUGCGCAAUCCGGCUCUAAGAGAGCUAUUGAGUGACGAUGAACGGCUAUCGGAGGCGAUCAUCGAAGGCGUAGUGGACCGAUUUCUCGAUGAUGUGAAGACCGGGACAUGGGAUCGUGCUGAUCAAGGGUGGCCCAAGCUGUGGACCGACUACUCGGUGUCCAAGCUUGCAUUGAACGUCUACUCAAGGUUACUGGCUAAGCGAAAUGAAGGGCUUGGAUUAAGCAUCAACUGUUUCUGUCCAGGGUUCACAAAGACGGCGAUGACCCGUGGCCGAGGCAAUCACACGGCUGAGAUUGCAGCUGAGAUCGGAGCACGGAUAGCCCUGCUCCCUCCAGAUAAGCUACCUAGUGGAAAAUUCUUCAUUGGGAGUAAAAAUUCUAUAUAUUCCAAGUUGUAGAAGGGAAAAAUUAGUAUUAUAUUACUUAUUUAAAUAGCUAUCCAGGCCAUCCAAACAGUGGGUCCCAUUGUGGAUGGAGCAUAUGUUUAAAAUCACAUUGAUCAAGUAAUCCAAACCAUUCAAUUGAUUGCUAUCAAUUGGAUGGUUAAAAGUAAAAUAGUGAGUGGGAGAAUUUCUAAUGGAAACCAACCCAUUCUGAGUGUAAUUUAUCUCAUGCUCUAUCCACUAAUUGCUUCAGAGGUUUGAACGGUCUGGAUUGUCUUAAAAUUCUGCCAUGUGCACGGUUGAAGAGUCAACAACUUUUUAAAAUUAGAAAUCAUCGGCGGUCCACAUUCAGUCAAUAAUCCAGGGAUCAGAAGCUACUAUCCCUAAUUAAUUUGGGUUUUGGGGAUUGGGUUAUAUGCAGUGAUACAAUAACAAUGACAGCUUGCAUGCGUCUGAAUCGUUGUACUCUACCAGAUUAUUAAAUACCUUCUUCGUAAUACGUGCAUCUUAUAUUAUUCUAAUGUUUUGGUAGUUGUUACCCUACUACAUUGUGUUGUAUGCAAGAUUUUAUUCUCAUCA